AUGAGGAACCAAGCACUUCUUUGUCUGGCGGCUCUCUUCUCAGCUGCGUCAGCGCAUACAAUCUUCGUGCAACUUGAGUCAGCCGGUACCACGUAUCCCAUCAAUUACGGCAUACGAGAUCCAACUUAUGACGGCCCAAUCACAGAUGUCACAACCAACGACGUAGCAUGCAAUGGCGGACCAAAUCCAACAACAGCCUCGCCAUACGUGAUCAAUGUCAAUGCUGGAGACACUGUGCAAGCAACAUGGAGGCACACAUUGACAAGCACUGCUGCGAAUGAUGCCGUCUACGUAAUUGAUCCAAGUCACAAGGGCCCGGUCAUGGCAUAUAUGAAGAAGGUAACGAACGCUACAUCUGAUGUUGGAUAUGGAGAUGGAUGGUUCAAGAUAUCCGAAGCAGGGCUGAACGUUGCAACUCAAGAUUGGGCCACCACCGAUCUGAUCGCCAACGCGGGUGUCCAAAACAUCCAGAUUCCUUCGUGCAUUGAAAAUGGACAAUAUCUUCUUCGAGCUGAACUGAUUGCUCUUCAUGCCGCAUCGUCUUACCCAGGGGCUCAACUCUACAUGGAAUGUGCACAAAUUAACGUAUCAGGAGGCUCCGGAACAGCAACACCGUCAACUGUAUCUUUCCCAGGUACAUACGCAGGCACCGAUCCCGGAAUCCUAAUCAACAUCUACCAAACCCUAACAACGUACCAAAUUCCUGGUCCCACACCUCUCGUCUGUGGUGCAGGAGGUGCUCCCGCAUCCUCAUCUUCCUCUCCUGCAUCAAGUUCCAAAGCCGCUUCGUCUUCAGCUAAAGCAUCAACAACACUAGCGACGAGCACGAAAGUCUCGAGUACCCCAGUGGCAAGCGCUACUGGGGCGACUGCGCCACUUUAUGGACAGUGUGGUGGAACGGGGUGGACUGGGGCGACGACUUGUGCGAGUGGGACGUGUAAGGCUAGCGGUGCUUAUUAUAGUGAGUGUUGGUCUGUUGUGGAGGGAUUGAGAGGGUACUAA